AUGGCGUCGACCAAAUCUAAAACCUCGUGUUCAAAAAAAUUAGAAAAGUUGAAGACCCCGCCAUUGCAGGGACCAUUAUCUAGGGCUUUUUCAAGGAGUGCUCUCUGUAAUGUUCGCUCCCUCACCUCACCUCCUAUCGGCGACCUCGGCUCAUCUCUUUCCACCGGCGACCUCGGCUCAUCUCUUUCCACCAGCGACCUCGGCUCAUCUCUUCCACCGGCGACCUCGGCUCAUCUCUUUCCACCAGCGACCUCGGGCUCACCUCACGUCACCAGAGACUACAACGACUGCUCAAAUUUGCAAGCCCUAAGUACGAUUAAGGUAUGUUUUUGUUUACAUGACCGACCUUAUCUUUAUCUCGACACUUCUCAACAACAGUCGUCGACUUGCUCGGCCGACCGAUGUCCUCCACAUCUCCAAAUUCUUGCCUUCCCAUGGUCUAUCAGUUAG